AUGCGCUUUACCUACCCUGCCCUCGCCCUCUUCAUCUCCCUCGCCGCCGCAGGCGACAUAGAUGCCAAUGACUUACCCACAGAAUGCAAAGAAGUCUGUUCGCCCGUCGUCAGUCUAACAGCCUCAUGCGACGCUAAGACCUCUGACGACGAUAACGCCGAGCUGAGCUGUGUCUGCAAGGGAAAGAAUGCAUCUUCUAUUCUCCCAAUGUGCGAUGCGUGUAUCACUAAGUAUAGCAAGGAUGGAAGUGACAAUGAUGCAAAUGAUCUCGUUCGCUCUUGUUCGUUUACUACUACUUCUUUCAAUCCUAGUGCUACUGCAGCUGGUGGUGCGAGUGAGUCUGCUGCCUCGGGUACCACGACUGGAUCUGUCUCGACUACGGCGGGAUCGGGGGCUACGAGCACGAGUGGAGUGGCGUCUAGCUCCGAAACAUCUGGGUCAUCUUCGGCCUCUGCCUCGGCUUCAGCUACCAAUGCUGCUAUUGGUAUUUCGAAGCCAGGUGUUGGGACUGUGGGGUCUGUUGUUGCGGGUAUAUACGUUUAUCUCGCUGUUUAA